AGGGUGGCCGUCACACACCGCGCCACCGCAGACUAUUUUUGACGGUGGAGUGUAUGUCUUGUCGCCUCUCCGUGCCUCUCCGCACCACCAGCACACGCCUGCAGUGCCACACUCACCAAGGACACGCCAGGACACACAGUAGACACCGGACACUACAACACACACCCUUCUGAAAUCGACCUUGCCUGCCAAGUGCCAUUUCAUUAACCUGUUGCUGUAAAGCAUUAUUACAAACGCAAUUUUUUACCCUUCCGUGAACUUACUGGGCGGUGUGGCUCGUACAGAAUAAGGUCCUUGAACUCACCCCCCCCCCCUCCAGUGACAGGGAAACCAGCUGUGAUUUAAGGAAGCGAAGAGAAGAGAGAAAAAAGGAAAGAAAGAUCAACUCCACCGGUCAUGUUUGUUGGUCUCGCCGUCCCCUCCUGCAGUGCGCGGUGGCUUGGUGUGCUGAGUGCUGGUCCUGGCCUCCCCGCUAGUGCCACGCCCCUCACCCAAGUGUAGAGGGAGGAUGGGCGGCCCGUGGAGGCGCCUACACCCAACAGAUCACCCUAGACUAGUGCAGCAGCAGAGGUGACAGGCUGGGCAUGGAAGUGGUGGGUGGAGGAGGCUGGUGGAGCGCUGGGGAGGUGGACAAUGUGACAGUGUUGGCGGCGCAGCAUGAUGAUCCCGCCGGGGCACUGGAGUCGGCAGAUCUGUCCUGGGCCGAGGGUUACAAUGACAGCCUGUCCACAGCCCCCACGCCCCUCGGCAACACCUCCUCCUCCUCCAGGGACACACAGCGGAAGAUCGAGUAUUGCACCGAGUGGUCCGGCGCCACACUCACUCUCUUCCAGGUGGCCAACUUCAUCUGCCUUUUGGCCUUCCUGGUGCCGCACAACUUCAAGCUCUCUGGCCUGGUGAUGCGUGCUGUGCUGAGUGUGGGAGUGCUGCUGUUCACGCUGUGGGCCGGCCUAGAUCUGUGCGCUGUGGACAUCCUGGCAUGGAACCUCUCCUUUCUGCUGCUUAAUGGGGCCCAUGUUCUCUACCUGACCUACACUGUGUGGCCGCCUCGUGUCCACCCCGACCUGCUUGACCUGUACGAGAAGGUGUUCAAGCCCCUCAAGGUGAAUCGUCAGAACUUCCGGCACUUGGUGAGGGAGGCCAAGGUGCUGUGGCUGGAGGCGGGGGAAACCUAUGCGCUGGAGGACAUCACACCAGCAGAUGAGCGGCUCUCCAUUCUGCUCACGGGAAAGCUGCGUGUCACCUGUGAUUCAACGCACCUCCACUACAUCCUGCCCAACCAGUUCAUUGAUUCACCAGAAUGGGAGGCGUGUCCUGAUGACUCCGAUGAACUCUUUCAGGUGACCAUUGUGGCGGAGGAGAGGAGCAAAUAUCUGUACUGGUCACGAGCGCGUCUCCACCACGUGCUGCAUCUGAGGCCCUUUCUGCGCGCCAUCAUUCACAACCUCAUCGGGAAGGACAUCACCACCAAGCUUUACUUGAAUGAGCAGCUAGGGGUGGGCAGCACGGGGGCAGGGGAGGGGCUGCGGACAGGGGUGGGGGCGCAGGACGUGUGGCGGGGGGUGGUGCAGCGGUCCAUGAGCCUCGACACGGUCCACACGGGCACCAAGGGCUUCGUGCGGUCCCUGGCGUGGCGUGCGUCUCACCGGAGGACGUCCACUCAGUACUGCGACAGCCUCAGGUCGUCACCGGGACGCUCCGGGGACGAGUCCAACUCUUCAGACCCAACCCUGCGUGGCCCCUCCCUGCACCACCACCACCAUAACCUCCACCAGGAGCUGCAGGUGCUGGUGGUGGGCAGUGACCUCACCCGUCGACCCCAGCAGCAGCAGCAGCAGCAGCAGCAGCAGCAGCAGGGAGGCUUGGCAGCUGGUGGCAGGAAGGGCCAGCGGGACAACGUGGUGAGAUUCCACGGCAUUCCAAACUCGUGAUGGUCUGUGGCAGCACAACACCAAGACCCCAAAGUCUCCCCCCGUGGCGUGUAGCAGCCGGGAGCCUUGUGUGUCAAGAGCCAAGACUCGCCGGCAAGCUGAGGUGGCCGUCCGGACCUUUGCAGACCGUGGCCACAGGUCGCCGGUGCAGUGGCUGGGCUAGGCAAGCUGGCCGGCGGAUGGACUUGCCCCCAUUCCUACCCCUCGUCACUGGUGUAGACAUUGACAGUCGCUCUACACCCUCUACCUAUUUAAAAAGACAUGUAUGCGUAUAUUUAUAACCGAUCGGUGUAUGUGGCAUAUUCCUGUACGUGAUUCCCAGCACACGUGUCGCAGACUGUUCCAAGAGGCCAUGGUGUGGGUGAGGAAGUGACGAAGCAGCAGCAGGAGGAAGAGGAGGAGGAGUGUGUCAGUCUUUGCUCAGAAAUAAGUGAUCUUUUAGGGGGACUGUUGCAUGAGCUAGAGGAGAGGAGAGACUCAAUGCAGCCUUAUUCAAAUGUCAGAAGCCUUUUAGUGAGACUGGACGAGAGCAACUAGCCUAAGUGGGUCUCAUUCACAGUGAGAUGAGGUGGAGGUGUGAGUGUGUGUGUUGCAGGCCUAGGAGAGAGGCAGUGUGUGUGUGUGUGUGUGUGUGUGUCCGUCUUUACACAUACCUGGAAGUGUAAAUCUUAAUGGAUGUUAUGGCCUGUGUGAAUUUUGGCCAUUUUUUUAACAUAUACUGGAGAGGAAUGUGAGAUGAGAGGAGUGGUUGUGUGUGGCAGUGUUGUGUAUUGCUGUUAUCUGUCUCUCUUUUGUGUUCCUUCAUGCAGGUGUUCCCUCGUUAGUGAAUCCAAAAGGUGUGCACAACUUCAUACCUGUUCAUUAAGGGUGGUGGUUUACCUGUAUGUGUGUGUGUGUGUGUGUGUGUUUGUGUUUGUUUUCCAAUAGUACCCACACAUUACAUCUAAACGCAACACUAACUCAAAUACCAACACUUCAUAAUGUAUCCAAAAUUAUUCUUCAACUAACACAAACCUUAAGUUACAAUACAUUAGCCUGAGACUUGGCUAACUAUUAAUUUUUUGAGGGAACUGCCAAUCAUGUGAGCCUUUUUUUUUUUUCUCAAUUUUUUCUCCUUAUUUUCUGUUACCCUUGUCCCACUUCUGCAUAAAAAAAGUAUAAAAAAAUCCAGGUAUAAGAUUCAAAGUUUCAAAUACAUACAAACACCUGGAGUAAAUAAUGGCAAAGUGUGACAAUAAGGAGCUUCAUACCACUGUUACACUUGAUAUACCCGGCGACUUGUACACCCACAAGCAUACACUGUCCCUCCAUCUUAGCCAGUGUUGAAUUACCCUGCGUUUCUUUCCAUGUGUUGAAUGAAUAUGAGGGAGUGUACUGUGUGUGUCUGUGAGUGUGUGUGUAUUCUGUAUUGCCUCAUACCUGUGUAGCAUUAGUGUUCAUCUGUAAUAACUAUGUGGUGGUGUGUAUGUGUGUGUAGGGGUGGGGUGUGGUUGUCAGGUGGUGCUACAGAGAGGCAGAACCAGAGACUUGGCAAGGCAUGUAACAGAACCCAACAUUUCCGCACUUGUCUCUUCUAAAAUGGUAAUGAUAGGUCGCUUUGAUGCACCAAUUUUUGCGUUCUAUCCAAAGCUUCCAUUCGUGUGAUACAAACAACAGCCUUAGUGCCGGCCUCACUAGCUGGCAUGGUGCUCCUUACCCAGGCCACUCCAUUCAGGUUCUGUUUUGUACCAGGACUUGAGAUGUGAUAGGUGUGGUGUUGGUGAAGUCUGGCAGGUGUGUGUGGUGAAGUAAAGAGUCGUUUUUCAAGUGGGUGGUUUGUUCAUGUUUAGCUUUGUGUGGUUUUGGUAGGUGAGUAAAAUUAGCAUACACGAAUUGGUUGAUCAUGUAUUUAUCACUUUUUUAUUACUGUCUUCCUUUAUUUCUCCCUUCUGUUCUAGUAAUCUUCCUUUUUUAUUUCAUUUUUCUUCAAUUCUACCUUUUUCCAGAUUGUUUUCACACACAUAAAGUGGUUGAUUAUGUAUUUAGCACCCUUUUUUUAAUUAGUUUGUUUUUCUUUAUAAUUACAGUUUAGGGUGAAGUAUUUAGGUGUUUUUCAAGUUAAGGGUGUUUUGUUUAGUGAGCUUUAUACAGUUCUCGUAGGUGUAUAAAAUUAGUUUGUUUUUUUAUAUUUGCAGCUUAGGUGAGGUAAUAAUUAUUUGUCUCAAGUUAAGAGUCAUUUGUUUUAAGCUUUAUUUGUAUGGUGUGAAAAAUUACCUAUAUUUUUUUUUUAUUUACAUUUGGAGUUUCUAAGCAUUUCUAGCAUUGUGUAUCUUCGUUUUUUGCAUCUUGGUUAUCAAAAAAAUCAUAUGCAUUGAAAACAUACAGCUAGAAAGACUCCAGAAGAACCAUUUAGCCCAGAAAUGAUAGUGUGUAGACUCAGAGUUAGCGUGCGGAAUAGCUCACCACUUGUUGCACUUCCUACUUUCAGAGACUAAACGUAUAAAACAUGGACCACUUCACCAAAUUUUUGCAUGAGAUACACUGUGGUCCAUAAUUCCGAGACAUUUCUGCGCCUCAUCUCCACUACUUGUAAAGGGCUCUAGUUGAAGUGACAAGGAUUUUUAGGGUGUUUUGUCUUUCUAGUGCUAUGUUAAUAAACUUCUGUAUUAGCAACAGGUCAAACACUUUUCAAAGGGCUCUAGUUGAAGUGACAGGUUUUUAAAGGUGUUUCUGUAAUUCUAGUGCAAUAUUAAAGUUUCUGCAUUAGCAACAGGACAGAUGCUCUUUUUCACAAAGCUCUAGUUGAAAUGACAAGGAUUUUUAGGGUGUUUUGUCAUUCUAGUGCAAUGUUAACAAGGUUUCUUCAUUAUCGACAGGACAAACGCUCUUUUUCAUGGGGCUCUAGUUGAAGCGCCACAAAUUUUUAAGGGUGUUUCUGUCAUUCUAGUGCCAUGUUAGUAAGGUUUCUGCAUUAGUAACAGGACAAAUGCUCUUUUCAAAGGGCUCUAUUUAAAGUGACAGGUUUUUAAGGGUGUUUCUCUAAUUCUAGUGGCAAGUUAACAAGAUUUCUGCAUUAGCAACAGGACAAGCACUCUUUUUCACAGAGCUCUAUUUAAAGUGACACAGAUUUUUAAGGGUGUUUCUGUCAUUCUAGUGGCAAGUUAACAAGAUUUCUGCAGUAGCAACAGGGCAAAUAAGCUUUAGAACUCGGCUAAUUGUAUCUGGCCCUUAAAGAUGGUCGCCGUGAGAGAGGGAAGCAUUUCUGAAGACGCCACACACACUGACAAGCGUAGAUAAAGACUCCUGACACCGUUCUCACAUUUAUUCCUUUCAGAGACAAGUGCUGGAACUGUUUGCCCUUCAUGUGUCAUCCUGUGCCCUGUGACUUGCCUCUUGUCUGCCUCUUGUCUGCCUGUGUGCCUGUGUCAAUCUGCGUCCUGUCUGUCUGGAUAACGCAAACCAUUUUUCUCAUUACCUUGUGUCACUGGUCAUCUGGUCACCUGGUCAUCCAUCUUCCAGUCUUCAAAGGUCAGAAAAUCUCAGUCUAGGUCAUGUAAACCAUUUUUUUCUGUGCAUUUGUUUGUGUGUUUGGUUCAUCUGCUCUUCAAUUUCCCAGUCUUCAAAGGUCAGAGAGAGAGAGAGAGAGAGAGAGAGAGAGAGAGAGAGAGAGAGAGAGAGAGAUUGUGUAGAAAGCAGUUGAAUAGUUGAAUGCAAAGGCUAGAGAGAGAGAGAGAGAGAGAGAGAGAGAGAGAGAGAGAGAGAGAAUUUGAGUGUAAGUGUGACUGUGUGUGUGUGUUUUAAGCAGUUGAAUGCAAAGAGAGGGAGAAAGUUUGAGUGUGUGUGUGUGUGUUAAGCAGUUGAAUGCAUUAGUUAGUUGCUAUUGUUGAUACUGCUAGUGCUGCUUUUUCCUACCAGUGUCUCUCCUUCCUCUCACCUUUUUAUAUAAACAGUGAUGUGACAGUGUCUUUUUGGUUAGUGUGUGGCAUAUCUCUCUUUUUGUAUGUAUUAUUCUUACUUAGCUUGCAGACUACAGUACAAGCAUUCUCUCUCUCUCUCUCUCUCUCUCUCUCUCUCUCUCUCUCUCUCUCUCUCUCUCUCUCUCUCUCUCUCUGAUUUGAAUUUUUCUUUAUACUUUUUUCCUUGAUUUUUUUUUUCUUUAAAGUUUUCUGUCUUAAUUAAUCUCCUCCAGCUGACUUUAAUUUCUCCUUUCUCUAACUUUCUAUCUUUACUUUUCUCUCAUUUUCUUUUCCUUUCUUUAUUUUCAUUCGUUGACCAUUUUUCUACUUUUUUACAUUAUUAUUUUUCCUUUUUCAGUAAUAAGUUUCUCUCUCUCUCCUCUCCUCUCCUCCUUCCUCCCUCUCCUUCCCUCUCUCUCUCUCUCUCUCUCUCUCUCUCUCUCUCUCUCUCUCUCUCUCUCUCUCUCUCUCUGUCUGUCUCUCUCUCUCCGGACACAAGCACACACAGAAUGAACACAUGAGCACCAUCCCCUCCUGCCCCAUUCCCUCCCUCCCAUACACCCACCAUUGCAUCCCAUACCCAGCCCUCUUUAACUACCCAUACCUUGUCCCUCCCUUUUUGAAAUUUUAUAUAUAAACAACGUAGUUACAGAAUGUAUAUGAAUAGCAAAGUAAAAAGGAAGAAAAAGAAAA